AUGUUCGAAGAAACCAUUAGCAAAGAUGAUAUACUACCAGAAUUUGAAGUUACUUAUAAUUUUGAUAAAUAUAGGAAUUUUUUAGAUAUUGAUAACAAUUUAAACAUUAAUAAUUUAAGUGAAGAUGUUAACUUAAAUGAUGAUGAUAAUUUAAAUAAUGAUAAUUCAAGUCAAGAUGAUAAUUCAAACAAAGAUGAUGAUAACCUUAUGGUUCAAUUCUUACCUAUUACUAGAUAUUUUUUACUAUCUGAAGCUUCUACCAAAUCAAAAUCAAAGACAAUAAAUAAAAAAAAGGCCUAUAAUGGUAAUGGUACUUCUGAAUAUUGCAAAACAGUAUUUAAGUCCAAAACAUCAACAUCAAGUAUAGCUGCAUAUUUAUGCACUAAACACUGA